GGACAACGACACAUGCUGCUGAAGGCUACCUACACUUCACCUCGGCAUACCCACAGACGACGAGGGGAAGGUGCCAUCGAUCUCAGUCUUAAAGGCUGUGAUCAACGUUGCAAUAAAUACCAUCCUCCUCCCGCCUUUCUCCUCCAACUUCCUUCAUCCUAGAACUCAGAAAUUGGGAUCAAAUCGUCACUAUAAAGCUACCCCGCGAAAUACGAGCAAUUACAACAUCAAUUUGCAACAAUGGCAGCACCGCCAGAAGUUACAUUGAAGGACCUCACCGGCGAGUGGGUGAUGAACAAAACCCUCUCUGACGACACCGACGCCAUCCUUACUCUCCAAGGCAUCGGCUGGCUCACCCGCAAAGCCAUCGCCUUCGCAACCGUCACCCUACACUGCAAACAAUACACCUCCGAAGACGGCCACACUCACAUCGACAUCGACCAAACCGCCACGGGCGGCAUCAAAGGCACCACCGAGCUCCGCGAGCUCGACUGGACUGAGCGCUCGCACGUGGAUCACAUCUUCGGCAGCUUGAAGGGCAAGUCCCGCUGGAUCACAAUUGACAGCCCUGAAAUCCCAGACGACUUCUUGAAGGAGGGUUGGAUUGAAGGGGAGGAGGAGAACGGCGGCCCGAAUGGAGAGAGGCAUAUUGAGAGUUUUGUGGAUAAUGAGGAGAAAGGCUGGACUGGAGAACAGAUCUGGGGGUUUGCCAUUAUUGAUGGGAAGAGGUAUUAUACGAGGAGGGUGAUUAUCACAAAGGGUAGCGAGGCACUGAAGGUAAGGCUGGUGUACAACUGGCAGGGAAAGAAGUAGACUGGUGCUUUAGAGUGGCUGGGGCCAGGGUACAUUCGCGGG